CAUUUUCACCAAAAUAAUCAAAGAAUGACUGCAAUAAUAGCUGUCCACUGUGGUGCAGGUAGUCACAGUAGCAAGCUCUAUGGUGAUUAUAAGAGGCUUUGCAAUAGAGCAUGCCGAAAAGGCAUUCAAGUAUUACAAGAGGGGGGUACAGCGAUGGAAGCAGUUAAAGCCGCAGUAAUAGUAUUGGAGAACCACCCCAUGACGAAUUCAGGAUUUGGCUCAAACCUUACAUCAGACGGCUUCGUAGAAAACGAUGCCUCAGUAAUGGAUGGCAGAACGCUGACCUUUGGAGGCUGUGGAGCUGUCAAAAAAGUCAAAAAUCCCAUAGCUUUGGCCUACGAUAUAUGUCUCAAACAAUCAAAUACCCAACCGCUGGGUCUUGUUCCACCUUCACUGUUGGUUGGUCAGGGAGGACUGCAGCAUGCUCGCAAUGCUUCGUUGAAAAUAGUUCCCAAUAAAAGAUUGAUAAGUAAAAAGGCUUUUCGACAAUUUACAAAGUAUAAGAAGCUGUUGGAGUCACAUGAAUCUCACGAAAGAUUGGACACUGUGGGAGCUGUUUGUAUCGACAGUGAGGGACAUGUUGCUUCAGCUUGUAGUUCAGGUGGUUUGAUUCUGAAAAAACCAGGGAGAGUAGGCCAAGCGGCUCUUUACGCUAGUGGAACCUGGGCAGACAGCUUGAACAAAGAUACCGAAUCUACGGUCGCGGUAUGCACCACGGGGUGUGGGGAGUACCUCGUACAAACCCAGUUAGCCAAAGAGAUAGCUGACGUUAUCAAACCCAGUUCUAGUCCCAUCACUGACCUGCAUAGAGCAAUGACUAGUCAAUUUCUGGAAUCAAGAUAUCUGAGGAACGUCAAACAGAAGAUGGCAGGAGCGUUAGUGCUGCACCGGAAUAGUGAAAGUGGAGAGACGUCAUUGUUGUGGGGUCACAGUACUGAAACCAUGGGGGUUUCGUAUAUGAAAUUGGGAGACAAUAAACCGAAGAGCAUUAUGUCUGAACUACCUCACUCAGCAGAACCUGGAGAAACCAUCAACAUAGGAGGAGCACACUUCUUCAGUAAUAACCCUUCUUCGAAACCUCUCACUUGAGUUGGAACAUUUCUCAGUUCUGUACCUUUCACCUCGCCAAAGUUAUUUGAUGGUUAUCGAAUUGAAAAGAUUGUUCUUGUAAACAGUUGUUUAUUGCUUGUUUCAGUUACAGAGUGAUGUGGAAAUAUAUGAUUUUUUCCUACACAGAAUGGAAAUAAACUGGUGAAAAACUACCAUUAACUUCGAAGAAACUGAGCUUUUUGGUUUUUUUUCAUGAAAAUAGUGGACAUUUCCAAACUAUCAAAUGAUAAGCAUAGUUUCUUCAUUUUAGUCAGUGUUUUAUUCAAAGAGAAGUUUGUUGGGUAACUGGAUCAAAUUAUUUUUGUUUUCUUGUCAAAGUUUUGAAUUCGUAUUAAAUUCUUCUUCAGAGCUCUAUAA